AUGGGAAACCAAAAUUCCAAAGGCUCUGGGGCCAGUACGCCAAAAGGCAACCAAUCCACAACAUCAUUGGAUAGAGGAGCAGAUAAUCUUUCAUCAUACCCCUCGUUCAGCAAAGCAGAUACCAAGGAAUCCACCAGAUCCUUCAGGGGCUUGAGAUCCAAGAUCCCAGGCAGCAAGACAGAUAGUCCACGCAAUUCUACAUCAAACCUGAGCAAUGGAGAAACACUAGUUGAUAGAUCAGAUGGGGCAUCCGUCAAGUCUGGGAAGAGCUCGCGAUCAGCGUUGAAGGGAACGAGUCUUGACUCGGAUCCAACAUCGCCAUCAUCACCUACUGCAGAUUCCGAAGAUAUCCCAUCGCCGCUCGAUGACCCAAAGCCACCACCAUCUCCCAUCCAAUCUGCCUCCAUGCGAGCAGGGCACCACGAUGUUGACGCUGCUCAACGAAGCGGUGAGGUCGAUAAUGUCUCCGACCAGCCUCCAUCUGGACAAACAAACCCACACGCACAUCUGCAACGCGCAGGUGCGUCGAUUCUAGUGAAGAGAGAAGGGGAAAUCAAUCCGAUUGAGCCAGAGGCUGUCAGCACAGCUCAAGCAGGAGAGGAUGCAAGCGCUGGAGGGGUAAUGGUGAUGGGAGACAUGAAAGAUUCUGAUGUAGAUGAUUAUAUCAAGCGCCUUCUGGAUGCUGGGUAUGCCGGUAAAAGCACCAAAGGAGUUGUAUUGAGGAACGCCGAGAUCAGUUCUAUCUGCUCUCGAGUCCGUGAGAUCUUCCUGGCCCAGCCGCCGCUCAUCGAGUUGGAAGCUCCCGUCAAGAUUGUGGGCGACAUUCAUGGACAAUACUCGGAUUUGAUUCGCAUGUUUGAGAUGUGCGGAUUCCCGCCAAGCUCGAAUUUCCUGUUCCUUGGCGAUUAUGUUGAUCGAGGAAAGCAUUCCCUGGAGACGAUUCUGUUGCUCAUGUGCUACAAGAUCAAGUAUCCCGAGAAUUUCUUUCUGUUGAGAGGCAACCACGAGUGCGCAAAUGUCACUAGAGUAUACGGUUUCUACGACGAAUGCAAGAGGAGGUGCAACGUGAAGAUCUGGAAGACGUUUGUGGACACUUUCAACUGUCUCCCUAUCGCGGCGAUUGUUGCCGGGAAGAUUUUCUGUGUACAUGGGGGACUCUCUCCAGCUCUGAGCCACAUGGACGAUAUCAGAAAUAUUGCCCGUCCGACAGACGUACCAGACUUUGGACUACUCAACGAUCUACUAUGGUCAGAUCCAGCGGACCAAGAAAAGGACUGGGAAAGCAGUGAGAGAGGCGUGAGCUACUCGUUCGGAAAGAAAGUCAUUGUCGAUUUCCUCACAAGGCACGAUUUCGACCUAGUAUGCCGAGCACACAUGGUUGUAGAGGAUGGAUAUGAAUUUUUCGAGGACCGAAUCCUGGUCACUGUGUUCUCCGCACCAAACUACUGUGGAGAGUUCGACAAUUACGGAGCUGUAAUGAGUGUUUCUACAGAACUACUGUGCAGCUUCGAGCUUCUGAAGCCAUUGGAUUCGAGCGCGCUGAAGAGCCAGAUGAAGAAGAGCCGAAAUAAGCGCAACAGCAUGCUCAACAGUCCUCCACCAUCCGGAUUCCUCCCCCAAAGUGUUUAG